AUGAGGUGCUGCAACUUACUAUUAUCAGUGCUGCUGAUCUGUGGUGCUACAGUGGCACACGAUUUGGGCUCGACCGGAUUGGCGGGUGGCUUUGGUGGACUCAACACGCUACAGCAAGUGCCAGCGGUGGUGCAACAGGUGCCGAUUGUACAGCAGGUGCCUAUAAUACAACAACAGCCACAGAGUCAGGCACUGGUCGGCGGUGGCUUCGGUGGUGCUGGUGGCCUUGCUGGCUUUGGUGGCGGCUUUGGCAGCUAUCGCGAGAGCUACCGCAUUCGGGGACGUGCCUUUGGAGGCGGCGGCUUCAAAGGCGGCUUUGGACAUGGCGUGGGCGGCGGUGGCUUUGGCGGCGGAGGUUUUGGCGGCGGCGGUUUUCGCGCACGCUAUGACAAAAAGGUGGUCGGUGGUUUCGGCGGUGCUGGCCUGCUGGGCGGUGCGGGCGGCAUCGGACUGUUUGGCUAG